AUGAGGGAGGAGGACGACGAGGAGGAGGACGAGGAGGAGGAGGAGGGGCGGUUACACGCGUUACUAUUCAUCCUUAUUCGAAUUUGGCACGCAUUCAGAAGCCUGAGCAGUGAACCCUUUUCUGCAGAGGCUUUGUCAUUCGGAGUCACAAAGAGGCUGAAGAACCAGAAGAACCUAAAGAGGCUGAAGAACCAGAAGAACCUAAAGAGGCUGAAGAACCAGAAGAACAUAAAGAGGCUGAAGAACCAGAAGAACCUAAAGAGGCUGAAGAACCAGAAGAACAUAAAGAGGCUGAAGAACCAGAAGAACCUAAAGAGGCUGAAGAACCAGAAGAACAUAAAGAGGCUGAAGAACCUAAAGAGGCUGAAGAACCAGAAGAACAUAAAGAGGCCGAAGAACCUAAAGAGGCUGAAGAGGCUGAAGAACCUACAGGCUGAAGAGGCUAAAGAACCUAAAGAGGCUAAAGAACCUAAAGAGGCUAAAGAACCUGAAGAACCUAAAGAGGCUGAAGAACCUAAAGAGGCAGAAGAACCUAAAGAGGCAGAAGAACCUAAAGAGGCUGAAGAACCUAAAGAGGCUGAAGAACCUAAAGAGGCUGAAGAACCUAAAGAGGCUGAAGAGGCUAAAGAACCUAAAGAACCUGAAGAACCUGAAGAGGCUGAAGAGGCUGAAGAACCUGCCUUCUUUAACAAGGUAGCCAGGAAUCAGGAAUUAUUCUUCUGACAUACUGAAGGAAAUGAUUUCCUGACAACAACAGGAUGGAGGUAAACAGAGCCAGACAAUACAAUGACAGAACAUCGAUACUGUGAUGAAGUAAGUUCCGGAGAUACAGUAUCAUGGGCAGUCUGUACAGGAUUUCACAAAAAAAGUGGUUUGUUUGUUUUUACAGAAAACUACUCAAACUGGCGAAAUCGUAAUUGUAGGAAAUAGUUUCGCACGCCCUUUCGCAGUGGUGCUUGUUGUAAACGAGACCUUGUAGCUGUACUCAUGAUCGACGCACGUGAAUCGAAGAAGGCUUUGGCUGAACGCACGUUACGAUGACGUCACUUGAUGCGUCUGCGGAAAAUCUGCGAUAAUUGAAUUGAUAUCGUGAUACCUUUUUACAUUUAAAAAAAAUAAAUAAUUAAGCGUUUG